UACUUCACAAUUCCAGAUUGUGUUUCCACAAAGAUUCUGAUAGAUCUGGACACUCCCCGAAUAGUUCGAGGAAUGGACGGACGUCCUCAGCGUUCGGUUGAACAAAUCGAGGUGAUCGAACAUCAUGUAGUUGAAGAGGGUCGACGCCCAAUUGGAGCUAUUGGAGCUACUGCAGCGUUGCCUCCAUACAGUACAGUACGGCGAUCGACAGAGAGCUAUGAGACAAGAGAUGUUCCCUUAGAUCGAAGGUACGAUUAUACUGGAGAACGAGAUGUCAACUUGGACUCUCGAAAUCUUUUUUGUUUUGCUUUAUUCAGCCUUAAAGGCGAAACAAAACCUCUAAAAAAACUUGCGCAACAAAUGGCACCUUAUGAAACUGUGACUGCAUUACAAUGA